ACCUGUUUGUGGUCUGUUGAGCCCGGGCGAGGUCCCCCACGCUGCGACGCCCCUGGCCGGGCUCUACCGCUAGGCUCCCGGAGGCUCGGCCCGGCGUGUCCGCACUCGGGGGCAACUGGACCCUGCGGCCCUGGGGCUGCAGCCCCACCCCGCCCCGCCCUAGGCGCGCGCGCUCUAGGUACCCGACCUCGCACCGGGUCGCGCUCGUCUCCUGGCGGCACCAGGUCGGACUCCACCCCUUCCGCGGCCCUACUUUGCGCGGUCCCCCAGACCUCCCGGCUGUGGGUACACCCCGUCCUGACCGCCGGUUCUUGCCAACCUGCACUCCUUGGCCCACAGCAGGUACAACUGAAGGAUUCCUGAAAAUCCUAGGACUUGAACUAAGCUCUGAAUAAACAGGAUUAAGACAGCCUCACCAUGUGUGACGGGCUAAUCGAGAAGUAUGUGGCUGCCAUGGUGCUGAGUGCGGCUGGAGACGCCUUGGGAUAUUUCAAUGGGAAGUGGGAGUUCCUCCGGAGUGGGCAGAAGAUCCACCAGCAGCUGGCCCAGCUUGGUGGCUUGGAUGCCAUCGAUGUGGAGAGGUGGAGAGUCAGUGAUGACACAGUAAUGCACCUUGCCACGGCAGAAGCUCUUGUGGAAGCCGGGAAAAUCUUGGACUUGGGCCAACUGUAUCCUCUCCUUGCUAAGAAUUACCAAAACUGCAUGGGAGACAUGGAUGGUCGGGCACCAGGUGGUGCCUCAGUGCAGAACGCCUGUCGUCUGGAACCAGACAAGGCCAAUGGCUGGAGGAUUCCCUUCCACAGUCAUGAAGGCGGCUGCGGGGCUGCCAUGCGGGCCAUGUGCAUUGGUCUCAGGUGGCCCCACCCCAGCCAGCUGGGCACACUGAUCCAGGUGAGCAUCGAGAGCGGCCGAAUGACCCACCACCACCCCACAGGCUACCUGGGAGCCCUUGCAUCUGCUCUCUUUACAGCCUAUGCUGUCAAUGGCAAGCCACCCAGGCAAUGGGGAAAAGGACUGAUGAUGAUACUGCCAGAAGCAAAAAAGUAUAUUGUCCAAUCAGGCUACUUUGUGGAGGAGAAUCUUCAACACUGGUCUUACUUCCAAGACCAAUGGGAAAAAUACUUAACACUUAGAGGGAUUUUGAGCGGCAAGUCAGCCCCUACUUUUCCUCAGCCCUUUGGUGUGAAGGAGAGGGAUGAGUUCUACACCUCUGUGAGCUACUCAGGCGUGGGUGGCAGCAGUGGCCACGACGCCCCCAUGAUUGCCUACGAUGCCAUCCUGGCUGCUGGAGACUCCUGGAAGGAGCUUGCACACCGGGCUUUUUUCCACGGUGGAGACAGUGAUUCUACAGCUGCCAUUGCAGGCUGCUGGUGGGGCAUCAUGUAUGGCUUUAAAGGAGUGAGCCCCUCCAACUAUGAGAAACUUGAGUACAGAAACCGACUAGAAGAGACAGCCAGGGCUUUAUAUUCUCUUGGGUCAAAGGAAGAUGCUGGAAUUGCCCCUUAGGGACUGUGACACUCAUUUCUGUUGAUUUCUCCUCAGGUAUAGUUCCUUUUCUGUUAGAUUUCUUUCACUUUUUCCAAAGUCAAGAGUUUCAACAUUGUAUUCAGAUAUUUUUUAAAUAACUUGUCCCUUGGACACCUGAUGUUCAGUCUUUCCAAACUCAUUUGUUUUCCUGAAUCUGUAUUUCUUCUUAUCCUGAAGAGUCUUACUUUCAGGUGAUGGGGUCAGUGUCUCCCACGCCUGAGUCUCAUAACCUUAUAUUAAAGUCUUCAUUU